ACGAGCGGAAUAAUGAACUCGAACUAUGUAAAAAAGUGUACCGAGUUCUUGCAGAACAUACAGGCCCACAAACCGGCCGCAACCAAUAUUGCUGCUGCCGGUGUUGCGGUUGCUCAUACCGAUCCAUCCUGCUUCAACCGUCCGCAGCAACCGCAAUCGAACCGUUCCGAACCGGGGCCCAACAACAGUGCGAGCAAAAAAACCUCCCGAAGGGGUCGCCCAGCCGCUGGAGCUUUCGGUGUAGGAAAGCGUCCCGUUUGGCAUCACGCCGGUACCGGUCCGACUGCCGGGUUUCCACGCCCGUCCGAACAUUCCCAAUUGCCAACGCACAACACGGCCCAACAGAAAUUCGUCCGGUCCUGCUGUCCUUCACGCCGACCCGACACAUCACAGCCGGGACGUGGUCGGGUAGAUUGCCGCUGGGAUGAGCAGCCUGGGAAACAUCCUCCAGUACUCGGUGACAUGAUUGCGGACCCGAUACAGGAAGGUCGUGGAGACGCAGAUAACGUCAAUCACUCGGAUGGAAUUGGACAGACGAACGUGCGAAGCACGGUGGAGAUACCGACGAUCGUUACGGGUGAUGCAGACACGGGACACAAUCGUCCACCGGAGGAAUGUCAGGACCGUCAACCGCUGUCCUGGUCCGGGAUACUGUCCAAACCGAAUCCUCUUCCAUCUGUCAACGAACGAAAGAACGAUACAAACUCUGUGCAAGACAACACCGAAUGCCCGAACUGUCAGCUGCUGCAACGAAACUGGCAGGACGAACGGCACCGGCACGCCCUGGAAAGCGCCCAGUUAACGGAGCAGAUUAAUUAUCUGCAGAAACAGCUCCGAGUGAACAACAAGGCCGAGCAAAGGAUGGAAGAAGCGAUGAAGGAACGAUACCAUUCCAUGGAGCAAGAUAUUACGAAAUUAAAGCUCGCGGUUGAUGAGAAAAACCUUAAGCUUGUGUUGAUUAACGAUCUGAAGCGGAAUCUGAAGGAAAUGCAAAGCAAGCUGAAACGCGUCGACCAGGAGCGGGCUGAGAUGGAAAAGCGUCUAAUGGUGGCCCAGCUGGAGAACCAGAAGCUUGAGCUUUUUUUGGACGCUCAAGCCUUGCACUUGCGAAAGGUGAAAAGCGAACUCGGCCACAUUCACCGACUUUCCAUCAAGCAGAUAGAAUUUCUGGACGAAGAGCCAACGGACGAUGCACUGACGCUGGUCGAUACGGGCAGUGUCACCAUCGCACGUCAUCGCCGUCAUCCAUCGCUGCAUAAUUAUGCGCCAGCCGUACAGUCUUCAGAGUGCGAUACCGAUGCAACUCCCAUUCAAUCACAUUCUUCCUCCCCUGGGAUGCACCUGACGGACUACCACCGCACCGUUGCUCGACGAAACGAACCCAAGCACUCAUCUUCGUCGAAAUCGCCCAGAAUCGUACUCGAGGCGUCUACGAAGCGAAAAUCUCAUUCCCGAUCCAACACCACCUUCACGCCGGAGGAAUCAAUACCUUCGUUAGUAGCAUCGGAUUCGGAUCGAGAUAAUGCAGAUCGUGUACGGAUGCGGAAAGCAGCAUCUUCCGCGUCCACUGCGUCCUCCCGCACGGUGGUAUCAGGCGAUGACAAUAGGAAGCAUAACGAAUGUGCGGACCACCUAGCAAGAAUCAAUCGUGCCGAUCACGAUGACAACCGCAUCCGUCACCGUGCGAGCGUUUCGGAUUACAACGCCGACGCCGGGUGCCAGAAGUUGACCGCGGUCUCAGACUCGGACGCUGUCGUGAAAUGGCAGCGCGAUGAUAAAGAACGCCAUCGCAUUGCCUCCCGCAGUACGUCGAGAAGCUGUGCAACGGAUGAUACCGGCGAUAAAUAUCGAGCGGAGUGUAGCGGUCGGCGCACAAUGGCGACAUACGACGAUGACCAGCAGCAAUUCGUCGUCGAGCUUGACGAAAACAUAACACUCCCGGUGUCACCGCGCCCAUUCCAGCACAAUCUGUCCAUCGCGCCACUAUCGGAGGACGAUUCGUUGACGUCGUCGGCAUCACUAUCGUAA